UAGUAGUCAGUCCCUCUCCUAUUGUGACUACAAUAGUUGCUCCUCAGGAACCAACAUCAUCUGCUGGGUCCACGAGUAGUACCAAGGAAGUACUCAACCCCGGGGAAGAGAAGACUUUAUGUCCACAUCAAAGGCUGCUCUUACACAAAAGUAUCAGUCCAGAAUUUGAGUCAAUCAAUUAUUUAUAUAUCGCCAAAUCACAACAACAGUUAUCUCAUGGCACUUUACACAUGGAGGUCACAUUCAUAAAUGAAAAACAGAGAGCCAACUGAAACCCCGCAUGAGCAAGCACUUGGCGACAGAGGAAAGGAAAAACUCCCUCUGGGGAAGAAACCUUGAACAGAACCUAGGCUAUGUGUGGCGGCCGUCUGUCUCGACCGGUUGGGUUAAGAUAUAAAAAUAGAGUAGAGGGAUAGAUGGUAGAUGAUCAAGCCAGAAGUCUGAGUCCAAGAAACAUAGAGGAGUGUCUCUGAUACUGUACAUAUCAGCGUAUCAGGGGUCAGUUCUAACUGUAUGCGUUAGCAAAGAGGUAAGUUUUAAGUCUUUUAAAUAGGGAGAGGGUGUCUGCCGCCCGGAUUGAGUUGGCGAGAUGGUUCCACAACAGAGCCUGAUAACUGAAUGCUCUGCCAUGGAAGAUGACACCUAGGUCUUUCUGACUGCAUCGUGGGGGGCAAUGGCCGCCCACACCCCAGCCUUCAGUCCAGAUCAGGCCCAGAGGAUUGUAGGUCACUUGCAGGAGCCUGCUGUCUUCUUGAACAUGACACACGGCUGGCCUGUCCUCCACUGGACUGCAGAAAACCUGUGCGAACGUCUCGGGGACAGAAGCGUUCGCUUCCGACUGGGGAGAAAAGGCGAGACUAACGUGCCGCUCUUUGAAACCCAGUGUGCUUACAUUGAAGCAAAGAUGGCUCACUUUCUGAGUUGGGUCAAAGGUGAGGACGGGGAGGAUGUGGGUCCUUUCUGUGACUACUCCUCGUCAGAGUAUUGGGCCUAUGCUGACUACAAGUACAUCGCCAUGCUCUUUGCAGAUCAGCCGUCCAUGUUUGAGGAUGUAAAGUGGGAGGUGUUUGGGUUCGAGGGGCGGAACGGACAGGAAAGCACCUUAUGGAUCGGCUCAGAUGGGGCCAACACACCAUGCCACCUGGACUCUUACGGCUGUAACCUGGUCCUGCAGGUACAAGGACGGAAGCGUUGGCACCUGUUCCCACCAGAGGACACGUCCAAACUAUACCCGACCAGGAUCCCCUACGAGGAGUCCAGUGUCUUCAGCCGCGUGGACGUCCUGCAUCCUGACCUGAAGAGGUUCCCUGCAUUUAGGAGCGCCAGGGCCCACACAGUCACCCUGCAGCCUGGGCAGGUUCUAUACGUGCCCAGACACUGGUGGCACUACGUGGAGUCGGUGGACGCCAUCACCGUCAGUGUCAACUCCUGGAUUGAACUCGAGGACGACUAUGCGGCGCGAGUAGGCGAGGCCGUCACGAAGACGGUGGUGUGCGCCCUGAAGAGCGAUGAGAACACAGACGACUGGCUCAACCCCACUGAGGAAGGUGUGACAUCCCAUAAUGACAACAUGCACUACAUCAACCUGGCAGUCCAGGCCUACGCUCAGCGACGGAGGACAAACCAAGUGAACUCUGACACUCACGCAGCCAAGAGGGACUCAAGUGGACAAAUCAGACGGCGUGAUCGCGACGCUGUACCCUUCGGGCCGUGUCUACUUCCCGUACGCCACCUGCCCGUAGAACACGGCGGAGCGGGUCCUUAUGCGCAAGGAGACCACAAUGGGGAGACAUCAGAGACAAUCACCACAGACGACCUGCUGGAGUGUCUGCUGCAUCCUGAGGUCAUCGCCAGGGUCGCCGAGCUCCUGCUAGACAAGCAGAGAACUCCAUCACUACAGCAAUAAACAAUCUCUGAUGACUCUUCUUCUUACCCUCCAGUCUGCAUCCAGGAAGUGGGCAGGGCAGAAAGCGCGCCACCAAAGUGUCCACUUUCUGCGCCGUUAUUCAAAGAAGGCGGACGCCUUGCCAUCAAAGUGAAAGAUGGGGGACAAACGCAGUGUCUCGCCCCCUUAACAUGAUGAAGGACGCCGGCACCAGCGUCCUCGCAGGAAGGAUAAACAACAGUUUUGUAUGCUAAUGGCGCAACAUCCUUCAUUUUAAUGUUUCACACAUGUAAACAUGUUUUGCUUCCACAAUGUUUUGACAAACAUGACAGUGUUUUGUACACAACAAGGUGCUAAAUCAUCAGUGCACCUGAGCGACAGUCUUACUUUUUACACUCCUCUCACAGCGUAAAGAAAAAAUGUUCACAAAUUGCACAGCUGCUGACAAAAACAAGAAAUGUAAGUACGGUACUGCGCAGGCGGUCCUCGGUCUACCAACGAGUUUUCUUCCAACAACGGCCAUGUAAGUCGAGUUUUAGUAUAGUCUUAACCCAAAUAUACCUAAAUUAACACCUGAGUCAUACUGUACACAGAACACAUGAAAGACGUAUCCGAGAAUUAAAUGAAACAGUAACAAGAAUGAGAAGAAUUCCUUACUUUUGUGUGCGUGGUUGUCUUGCACAGUGGAAGGGGUGUUGCAAGGGAUGGAGAGACAGGCUUAUUGGGAGGAGGACGUCUCAAUAAUGAGACCACAACACCGCCUAGGUUACAUUCACACUGCAGGUCAAUUCCGACACUACCGGUCGAAAGUUUUAGAACCCCAAUUUUUCCAGUUCCAUCAUCUUCUAUGCCGCUUAUCCUCACUAGGGUCCUUGAAAUGAUCCAGUGAAGAGCUUGAAAUGGUACAAAGGUAGUGAAGUGGCAGAGGUUAAAAAGAGGCUUAAUUCGUACAGGUAUUCCAAGUUCUGGAGUACUUACUACCUCCUCUGUCUGCAUAAAAACAGUGUUGGCACCACACUGUGGUACCAUACCCUUGUGAACAUCAUUGUACUGGAGAAAAUCGUUUGUUGCUACAGAAAUGGCAAGAAAAAAGGGAGUUAACAAUGGAAGAGAGACAGACCAUCUUAACACUUAAAAAUGUAGCUUUUUCCUUCGGAGGAAUUGGAGUGUUCUAAAACUUUUGACCAGUAGUGUAUGUGACCUGUAUCUGAUUUUUUUCAUGUCAGUACAAUUCAGAUUUUUUUUUCCCAAAUGCGACUGAGGCCUCAUUCUUAUGUGCACUGUUAUUUUGUUUUUGUCCCAUUUUUGUUGAGUUGAACUCAGAGAUAUAAAACUUUUUUUCAAAAACACAAAAGGCCUCCCUCCCUCUCUCAAAUAUUGUUCACAAACCACAAACCUAUGUCUGCGUUGGUGAGCAUUCUUCAUUCAUAAUCUAUCCACCUCACAGGCGUGGCGUAUCAAUAUGCUGAUGAGACGGCAUGAUUAUUGCAUAGAUGUGCCUUAGGUUGGCCACAAUAAAAGGCCACUCCAAAAUGUGCAGUUUAACUCGUGGAGAAAAAAAUUAUUUACUGAGUGGGUAAAUAAUUAUCACAAGUAGAUUUUAGAAUAACUGCACUGAUGUCUAUUGAUUGAAUUAUUGUUGAGUGCCUUAGAAUAAGUACAGUAUAGAUAUAACUGCUUAAUGAAUUCAUCUAAUAACUUAGUGAAUGAUUACAAGUAGUUUAUAGAAAUAAUGCUUUCUUCAAUAAUUAGCUGAGUAGAUGAACAUCUGUAAGUGUGUCAAAGGUCAAACAGAAAAGUGGCAGGGCAAAGCAGCUUGCACCAGCCAGAUAUGUUCCAGAAUGUAGACAACUACCUUGACAUAGGCAGAGGAAAAGAGUUUUGUUUAUGUCAGCAACUACAGUAAGUGUUAUCGAGUCAGCGAAGGAGCCAGCUAUCAUCUGCUGGCGCCACGAGCUUCGUCGAGGAAUUCACUUUCUUUGCCUGUGACGCGUUGUCAUCAGAAGAGUCUGCCUCGCACUUAGGAGACAUAAUGAAGGGGAUAAAAGUGACGUCCUUCCUUAGUGUAGAGAACGUGUUCUGCCGUGCGCACAUAACUUAGCUGUCUGUCUGUUUGUACAGUAUUAAUAACUCAUGGGCGUGCGUCUUAACACGAGGACCGCCUGUAGAAAAUACUAGGAGGGGGUACAUGGUAGAUUUUAAACAAAUAAAAAGGCAUUCUUGCCAUGGUAUUACAAUAGAAUCUCAAUAACAGCAACAAUUAGCAUCUAAAGCAGGGGUGGACAAACUGUGGCCCCACACGCCACAUCAGGCGUCUUAAUUCGGGCCACCGGGCACUUCCAAAUUCCUUUUUUUAAGCCUUUACCAUAGAAACUGUAGCCAGCAAGAUGUCUUGCAGUGCUAUUCACCGCAAUUGUCAGACGCAAUCUGUAGCUUGUACAAAAAAGCCAUCCAAACAACACACACACGACGCACAAAGUAACCUACUGCACCAUGUGGGCAUACAAAAUAUAUACGCGCAAUACCCACGCCAUAAGAAAACACCCGUGUAUUCCCGCCGCAAGGCAUGCUGGGUAGGUUGUGGUACACUUUCUUCAACAUUUUGCUGUGUUUGGCGCAUUUUUGCUUGAUUGCAAAAUAUGUUGAGAUCGUCAGAGAAGUGAACAAGGAGGAGUUAACAUACUCUUGAUAUCCAAUGCUUUAUUGUUCAUAGUUCAUAUUGUUGUUGCAGCUGGACUACCCAGCAUGCUGUGCAGGCGUUUGGGACAGUUUUAACAGUUUUAAGUUACGUGCUAUGUUUAGCGUUUGUUUGUUGAUUUAUGUGAUGCGUUCACUUGCUGUGGGUGUGUUGCGCUUUCGUUCCGUUGCACCGUGAGCAAGUAUGUCGUUCUGUUUGAUGCCACCUCUAUAUAGACGGCCCGUCCGCCACAUUUUUUUAACCCAAUGUGGCCCGUGAGUCAAAAGGUCUGCCCACCCCUGAUCUAAAGAAACAAGCCACAAAAAUGUGAUAUUCAGUCUUGACAAUUUAAAAGUAAAUAUGCUUCACUAAUCUUUAUAACACACAAGCUUGUGUCGUCCCCCUGCUUCAUUAUCAGAUAAAUCAAAUAGAGAUAAUACAUACAUGGCUGUCACUACAGUCUGGUGCUCUUGUCUGCUUUCUUCAGCUGAAUGCUUUCACUUUCCUCCUUCUUCUUCUGCAGCGCGCCCUCGCACUCGUCCUCGUCCUCCAGGUAGAGGUUGUCCAUCUGCUUGGGCUGCACGUAUGUGUAGAAGUAGGCCAUGAUGGAGAAGAUGAUGCAGACGCCCAGCAGCAGGCCAGCAAACAGCAGGAAUUCUUUCCACUGCCAAGCACACGAGAAUGUGCUGCCAGCCGCAAAUAGCCCCCAGGCCACACUUUGGACACCCCUGGAUUAAGAGAUGCAUCCUUUGUAGUAAAGAGACAAUCUGUGCAAAAAGGGAGGUAGGAAGUGACGUCAAGCCCACUCACUCUCCCCGUUCGACGGUCUUGUUGGCGGAUACGCUGUAAUCGGAAGACACAGGAAAUACCUCGUCUCCCACUGUCACGCUGACCGCCUCUGACAAAGUGUUGAGGAACCUGGAGGGUCACAAGUGUCAAUCAGUGCUAGCUGAACACCACAAUCAACAAGUAUGGAAUUAUCGAUCUCUACCUGAGAAGAGGAGCGCCUUUGUCAUCCUUCUUGAUGUGAUCCUGCACCUGAAGAAGCACCAAAGUGUUCACUGAGGGACCUUUCAUGCCGUGUUGCGUAGUCACUCACCAGUGAGCACUGUAUUCCAUUGGCCGAGGGGUGCAGGAUGAGACUGUACGCCUCCUGCUGGACAAACGCGACGUCGCACGCAGAUGAGGACCUGCUCAAGCGGACGUCGAUGCUGAAGUUGCUGCUGGGCGCCCCUAGCGGC